AUGAACCGACGCACUGUGGGUUUGUCUCUGGUCACGGCGACGGGAGUCGGCCUCGUGCUCAGCCGCCGCUGGUCUCGGUCCGAGGGCGCUCACCACCCCGGCCUGCCGGGCGGUGCUGACGGCGAUCACGAGGACUGGCACUUGGCGGACUACCUGCAUGCUGCCUCUGAGCACACCGCGGAUGCCACCCAGAGCCUGGCGCACGUCGUGCGGUCCGCCCAGCAUGCCUGGCAGCGGCGGCAGGCAGCCGGCGCAGGUGCUGCCAGCCCUGGCAGCGCCGCCGAGGCUGCGUCGCGCCCCUCGUCAGCUGUCCUGCUUGCCGACUUCCUGACCGCCCUAAACGAGGGGCCUGCGGGGAAGCCGCCCAGGCGGGGAAUCCAGCUGGUCAACAGCCAGCUUGCAGACUGGCUGCUGGAGCGGGCGGCGGCGGCUGGGGCCGACCCACAAGAGCGGCGAGCCAUCCUGCGCUACCUGUCCGCGAUACUGCGGAACGAGGAGGCAGCCGAGGCGCUGCUGCAGCAGCCAGGCGCGGCGCCGCGGCUGCUGGCCCUCGCCACACAGUCGUUCUCACUGCAGCAGCUGCUGGCGACGGCUGUGGCCCAUGCGUCGGCACCACGCAUGGUGCCCCCGGCCGACGUCGCCGCAGUGCUGGCCCUGCUAGCGGCGGAGCAACAGCAGCGCCGUGCGCGGCAACACGCCGGCACAGCGCACCAGCAGCAGCAGCUGCAGCUGGGCCUGCAGCUGCUGCUGGCGUGGGGCCGAGCCUCGGCGCUUAACGCCCACCGGCUGGCAAAGGCGGGGGCGGGCCCAAUGCUGGCAAAGCUUGCCCCCCCCAGCGCCACGGGCGGCGGCAUGGGCCGCCUGCAAAACGUGGUUGCCAAAUUAAUGGGCACCCUGGCCCAGGAGGCCGGCAAGCCGCAGCUGCUGCCAAUGCAGGGUUGGCUGUACCACCUGUUCUGCUUUGCCGCCGACGCAGCAGCCAACAGCCAGUGGCAGCUGGCAGACACCUCGCUCACCAGCUUUGCCACCUGCCUGCUGCGCGGCUGUGAGCUUCCGUCGCAGCUGAUGCAGCGCAGCACGCUGCCGCUGCUUCACAAGCUGGCAGGGCAGCCCGACUCGCCUGCACGCCCUGCGAUCGCGCGGGUGGUCCAAGCGCUGGCUGAAGGGCCCGGGGUGCAGCUGCCUCUUGAGGAGCGGGAGGUGUGGACAGAGACGCUGCUGCAGUGGCUGGUGCAGCUGCCUGGAUCGGCAGCAGCGGCCGCGGCAGCGAAGCAGGACGGCGGCAGCAGCGGCGGCGGCGCCGGCAGUGGCAGCGGUGGCGGCUCGAGGCUGCGGCUCGAGACUGCGGGGGCUGGGGACGCGGGUCGGCUGCAGGGCCGGGUGACUCGGGCGCUGCAGGCGCUGUCUGCUCCUGCUGGCUCUGAGGGCCUGCAUGUGGCGCAUGCCUGGCUGGCAGAGCUGAUAGUACGCCUCUCUGAUGAGGUGCGGCCCUUGCCUCUGGAGCCAGACGCGGCGGCGGCAGCAGCAGCCCAGCAGCCCAGCAGCGGCGGCAGGUGGUGGUGGCCGUGGUGGGGCGCCGCCGCCGGCAGCGCUGGCAGCACCGAGGUCGCGGCCGACGGCGCCGUCGCCGCGCCCAUGCCCGCGGCCGACGGCGGCGAGGCUGCGGCAGCGGUGGCGGCCGCAGCGGCAGAGGGCCCUUACCUCCCGCUCGCCGCCCCUGCCGCUGUCGGCAGCGCUGGCGACGCCCAGGCCGCCGGCGGCAGCGGCGGCAGCUGGUGGCAGGGCAGGUGGUGGCCCUGGGGCGGCGGCGGCGGUACCGCCUCCGAGCAGAGCGACCCGCAGCAGGCGGUCAAGGCAGCCGGCAAGCCCUCCGACUCAGAGCUGGCGCUCUACAUUAAUGCGGCGCCGGUGGGCCCUGUGUAUGCGCGCUCCGUGGCGGCGGCCCUGCUGGAAGCCUCGGGGCGAGUCGGCUCCUUCCAAGAGCCUCCGGCCAGUACUGAGGAGCUGAUGAGCCCUGCUGAGGUGGCAGUCUACCCUCAGGUGGCUGCCGCCAUUGACUGGGACAGGGCAGACUCGGCUGUGUGCCAGGCGCUCAAGGUGCUGUGCGCGCUGGCCUCUGGCGGCGGCCGCCGCCGCGCCUGGCUGCUCGACUCCGGCAUCCUGCCGCUGCUGCACCGCCUGACGCUGGAGCGGCCGCGUGACGUGGCAGAGCUGGCGUCUGGGGCGGGAGAGUAUGUUGAGGCCGGCACGCCGCUGUGCAUACAGCGGCAGGCGGUGCGGCUGCUGGCUAUGCUGGCGUCUGAGGUGGCGGGGGCGGGGGAGGUGCAGGAGGCCGGGUGGAUUCCCUGGCUGCAGGAUCUGGCGGUAUCUACGGAUCUCAAGCUCAGCAGCUGCGCCUCCCGAGCGCUGCUCCACAUCGAGUCGGCGGCCGCCACGCAGCGCCCCGGGCUGGACCUGGCGCAGCUGGCGGCGCGCGGGCGGCUGCCGCACCUGCACGCCGCGCCCGCGCCGCUGCUGCCCACGGAGCACCAGGGGGCGGCGGCGGCGGCGGCGGCCGCGGCUGCAGACGCGGCGGACAUGGGUGUGGCUGCUGACGGUGCUGACGGUCCCGGCGGGGUCGGUAGGGAGGAGGAGGCGCGGGGGGUGGGCACCGAGGCGGCGGAGGCGGCAGCGGAGAUGCUGGGGGAGGCGCGGCUGGCGCUGGCGCAGGCGCGGCGGCGGCUGGACCGGCAGCUGGAUGUGGUGCGGGCCGCGGUACCGGACAAGGAGCGCCUGGUACUGCAGGACGGAGUGCACCUGUUUGAUCCGCUGGCGCCGCACCACGAGGUUCUGGCGCGGGAGGGCAUCGGCGCAGACACCUCGGACGCCCCGCUGCUCGACAUUGUGUUUGUGCACGGCAUCCGCGGCGGCGCCUUUGCCACGUGGCGGCGGGAGGGCGUGCUGGAGCACGGCCAGGCCCGGGAGUCGCUUGACCGCCCCGCGUGCUGGCCCGCCUCCUGGGUGGCCAAGGAGCUCCCAGAGGCGCGCCUGCUGUCGCUGGAAUAUGCGGCGCCCGCCAGCGGCUGGGAGGGCGAGUCGCUUCCCUUCCGCCACAUCGUAGCGCAGCUCAUGGACAAGCUGGCGGCGGCGGGGGUGGGACGCCGCCCUGUCAUCUUCGUCUGCCACAGGCAUGCCUUCCAUGCACGCCUUCCAUGCUUGCCCAUCGCAACCGACUGUUCAGCUUCUCCUCGCACCAUGGAGCCUCCCCCUGGCCUCAUGGGCGGCCUCAUCGUCAAGGACCUCCUGGUCACCGCCAAGCAGCAGCAGGAUGAGCGGCUGCGCAGCCUCAACACCAGCGCCGUCGGCGCCGUCUUCUACUCUGUGCCGCACGCCGGCUCCAGGCUGGCCGACUGGGGCUGGUCCCUGCGCUACAUCGGCGGCUCACCAGCCAAGCACGUGCAGCACCUGAAGACGGGGCACCACCAGGAGGAGCUCAACGCCGCGGUGCGCGCGAUGUGCAAGUCGGGGCGGCUGCCGGUGCUGAGCUUCAGCGAGGGGCUGCCCACCAAGCUGGGCCUGUUCCCGACCCAGGUGGUACCGCACGAAUCUGCCUACCCAGGGUACGGCGACUUUGUGGUGCUGGCCCAGCACGACCACAUCAGCGUGUGCAAGCCCUGGGACACCUCAGACCCGGCCUACGCGCGCCUCCUUGCCUUCCUGCACGCCCGGGUGCGCGCGCUGCGCCUGGCGCGGGCCGACGCCGCGGGCAGGCUCGACCACAUGGAGGCGAGCGUGUUGUGA